AUGGCUCCUGUCGCUCCUUUUAACUCCUGUGGUUCCUGUGUCUACUGUAGCUCCUCUAGAUCCCGUGGCUCCUUCAACUCCUGUGGCUCCUCUAGCUCCUGUUGCUCCUGUGGCUGGUGUAGCUCCUUUGUUUUCUGUUGCUCCUGGAGCUUCUUUGGCCCCUUUAGCUCCUGUGGCUCCUGGAACUCCUUUGGCUCCUUUAACUCCUGUGGUUCCUGUAGCUCCCUUAGCUCCUUUAGCUCCAGUGGCUCCUUCAACUCCUGUGGUUCCUGUGGCUCCUGUAUCUCCUGUGGCUCCUGUAGCUGCCGUGGCUCCUGUAGCCCCUUUGUCUUCUGUGGCUCCUGUGGCUUCUCUAGCUCCUGUGGCUCCAGUAGCUCCUGA